CGAACAAAAACUCUUCACCAUUUCCAAGAAAAAACAUUUAAAAAAUAAAAAAAAAGAGAGAAAAAAAGAAAAGAGAAAUCCCUGAUCAGAGAGCGAUGAGUCUCUUCGUCCCCACAAAAGAAAGAAAAAACAAGAAAAUAAUCAUAAAACAGAAAAGCAUCUUCUCUCGAAAAAUUAACCAAUGUCUACUCCCUCUACUUUCCUCCUCUUUAGCUCACUCUCUCUCUUUCCCUCCCUUUUCACAUCUGUUUUCUCUCUCUAGACCCUCCACCUCCUUCCCCUGACCCGCUCUUCUACUCACUCCCUCUUCUCUGCCCACUCUCGACAAUGGAGGAGUCAUCCUUCCGCCGGAAACCCAGUUCCCGUCGGGACCCACUUGUUCGUGGGAGAUCAUGGUGUUGUUCUUUCGCCGUUCCACCUUCCAGCCCCGACAGCAUCGCCGUUUUUCACUCCAAGGCGGUUCGCUAUAGCAAGACCGAACAGGCGGCCUCCAAACCAAUUAGUAACUCGGUCCCUAACUCACCCCAGAGCACCAAAUCCGGACUAGGGUUAGUGGGUCGGAUCGACCCUCGUCGGAUCUUGUCUCCGGGAAGGGUUUCCCCGAUCGACUCCGAUCCUACUGUAGAUUCGAUCCAAGAAAUCGGUAGUACUGAACCAUCUGCGGACGUCGAUUCUGUUCCUCCUGUGCGAACACAGAGCUUUCGAGCUCCGAGCGAGAGGUUCCGGCUGCCCCAACCGGAGAGUUCUUCAGGGGGUCCCGGUAGCAAUUUGUUUGACGUGAGGUUGAAUUUGAGGGGAAAGAAAGGUGGGUUCUUGGUUCUGGAGCUGAACUCGGGGGUUCUGUGUGCGAAUUCAGAGGUUUUCGCGGGUUUAAUCGACGAUUAUAACAAGGGAAAGGUGUCGAACGGUUCACCUUCUGGGUCGAAAAUAUGCAGAAUAGAGGUGCCGGAUGUUGAGAACUUGGCCAUGUUUAGAGAGACAGUAGAACUUAUGUUUGAAGAUGAUAUCACAAAACGACUGUUGAGGAUCGGAGUAUAUCGAGCUAUUGAUGUACUUGAGGUGUCUGCAGGUAUUAUGUUCACUAAAGGUGUUUUGUCCUGUUUAAAGUAUCUUGAGGCUGUUCCUUGGACCGAGGAAGAAGAGGAGAAACUAAGGGAUCUCUUUACAAGGUUUAAGUUUGAUGAUGUUACGACCAAGGACAUAUUGGCUAGAUUGUAUUUACUUGACUCGGCCAGUUCCCAACAAAAUGUAUCCAGACAAUUGGUUUGGUCUAUCACCUCUAGUACGGAUGCAAGUGCAAGGAAUGAGUUGAAGACAUUAGUUAAGGGUCUUCUUUGCAAAAGUUCAGUCUAUGAGAAAGAAUAUCCUGACCUCAAUAAGGAGGAUAUUUAUGCUAUCUGCCAGUCUUGUCUCGACUCACUUGUCAGCCUGUUCGAGGAGACCUCUGAAACUGUAUCUUCUAAGAAAUUGGUGAAGGAUGCAGGGAAGCCUUUAAUUGAACGAAUAUCCAGACAGGUAGAUAACAUAAACUGGUUGCUAGAAAUCUUGCUUGAUCGGCAAAUGGCUGAGGAGUUUGUGGAUAUGUGGGCAAAUCAAGGAGAACUGCUCAGACUGCAUGAGAAUGCAUCUCCAAUGGUUAGGUAUGAGCUUAGUCGGGUUUCAGCAAUAUUAUUCAUUGCUAUGGGGACCCGAAAACUUCAUUGCCGGACAGAAUCAAGAUCAGGGCUUCUCCAAGCAUGGUUUGGCCCAAUGUUGUUGGACUUUGGUUGGCUGCAGCGAUGUAGAAAGGGACUUAGCAUGAAGGUAUUGGAAGAAGCUAUGGGUCAAGCACUCCUUACCCUUCCCUUGAAACAGCAGUAUGCGUUGUUUAUGGAAUGGUUUCGAGAUUUCUCCAAGCAUGGUACAGAGUGUCCUAAUCUCAGCAAAGCCUUCCAAAUUUGGUGGCGUCGAUCAUUUCUAAGAGUCUCUGAAACUUAUGCUGUCGAAUCCAGGUAACACAAUACCAUAUGUUUCUGCUUGCACAGGAUGUUAGUUGUGGAGGUGAAGAAUUCUGAAACAUCCAUGGAAGUGAAUAAUGUAGAUCAAUUAUGUAGGAUAGUUGCAAUAGCUGUUAGAUCAUGAAAAGGCAGCAUCAUUUCUGUGAUUAUCAUCUUUGCCUUCAUCAUCCGACGUCAGCAAUUCUACUGGAAAUGGAAGAUGCCACAAUGUGUAGUUAGUUAGAGAAGACUUUGCUUACAGUUUUCUCUCAUUGGCUUCUUCAAAACACCAUGAAGCUGUUCUGGGCAUGUUGGCUCCAUUCCAAAGCCGAAAACUAAUGUACCAAUGGAACUUGGAAACUAAGUUUGAUAUAAGAGAAGAUUUUAACGACUUUCAUAUUCUUUAGUGAUAAUUGUCAUUUUUUUUGUUUGUUAUUUAGAGAAAAAGGGAUCACGUUUAUGGCAUGUGCACGUUAUCUGAA